UAGAGAACAAAAAAGCACCAAUGGUUUCAGUUCUCCUAAUAGUUAUUGUAAUAUUCCUGGGUCUCUAUGAUCUGCCACAAACUAUGGCUGCUCGAGCGCAUACUCCAACUGUCAUUGUGGUCGGAGCUGGCAUGUCGGGGAUAACGGCUGCAAAGACUUUAUCUGAUGCAGGGAUAAAGAACAUUUUGAUACUGGAAGCAACUAACAGAAUUGGUGGUCGUAUCAGAAAGACUAACUUUGCAGGUGUACCCGUAGAGGUGGGUGCAAGCUGGGUCGAAGGGGUUAACGGGGAACAAGUAAAUCCCAUUUGGACUCUGGUGAACAACAUCUGCCUCAGAACCUUUUACUCUGAUGUCGACCAAAUCGCGAGUCAUACUUACACACAAAUAGGAGGGCUUUAUGAAGAAUCUGUAGCUCAGGAAGCGUACGAUGCAGCAGAUGAACGCUCGGCAUUCAGCCAACAUUUGUCGAUUUCUUUGUCAUGUCAAGGACAAGAAGAUAUCUCAAUCUUGGAUAAAUUUUUGAUGGGAGUAUGGGGGACAAAUAAGAUGUUGACACAUGUUUUUCCUCCCAACAAAUUUUUGGAGUAUGUUAAACAACACCCUGUAUUACUACUUUUAAGGAGGAGUGGACAUAAGAGGGGAAGAGGACUGAAGACCUAG